AUGUUCCGAUGAUGACCAUUGGUUACUGUGUUGCGCUCGUUCGGGUUUACCUCAUGCUUUGGCUCUUAUAAUAGGUUAUUUCCCAUACAUGUGGUAAAAGGAUUUAUGAACCGCCCAGGCGCGAUUUGCAACGCGGGAAAUACUUGCAAAAAUAGGAGCAGACAUUGUAUCCACAUUGACAGUGUGAACACAAUUUUUGUAAAUUCAUGAAUUUUUGUGCCAUAUUUUUAUAAGGAAUUGUGGCACGGUUUUCUUCGUCUUUGGAAAUGAAUCCUAUUUUCACUCCUGAUUGAAUAGCUGAAUUUUGUGGGACACUUUCGGUCUUAUAGCUGCCGAACCCAACUUUUUGCUAAAGUCAGGUUACGUGAUAGCAAAGCUGGGUAAAUAGCUUUUUCUUCAGAUGGCAAGUGAUUCCUGAGCAUUGUGAUACAAUUUGAGAUUUGAUCAGCUUUUGACACAUUCGUCUUUCAUCUCAACGAUGGCCGAGAACAAGCAUCCUCAAGUUAUUUUUUGCAACGACUCUCCAAAGAGAGUCCUGGUGUCUGUGAUCAAAACCACCCCGAUCAAGCCCAGGAAGAACGAAUCUCUGAUAGCGACCAGCCCUGGAUUCAGCGACUUCAUGGUGUACCCGUGGAAGUGGGGGGAGAACGCCCAUAAUGUGAGCCUGAGCCCGGGCUCGGUAAACGGGGCUGCCUCCCCUACCGGGACCAACACCGCCAGCGAGGCGGACAUGGGUGCCUCCCAUGACCAGAUGAAGGACAGUAAAGAGGACGCUAUUCGGCGUGGCCGCCCGCGUGCUGACACUGUCCGUGAGUUGAUUAACGAGGGGGAGAGUUCCUCCAGCCGCAUCCGCUGUAACAUCUGCAACCGUGUGUUUCCUAGAGAGAAAUCCCUACAGGCCCACAAGAGAACACACACAGGGGAGAGGCCUUACCCGUGUGACUAUCCUGACUGUGGCAAGGCUUUUGUCCAGAGUGGCCAGCUAAAGACUCACCAGCGCCUUCACACCGGAGAGAAGCCCUUUGUCUGCUCUGAGAAAGCCUGCGGGAGUCGCUUUACCCAUGCUAACCGGCACUGCCCAAAGCACCCAUAUGCCCGUUUGAAGAGAGAAGACCCCAAGGAGGGACCAAACAAGGCCCAGUCUGUAGACAACAAGGCUGUGGCAGAGUGGCUGGCAAAGUACUGGCAGACCCGUGAGCAGCGUGCCCCUGUGCCCACCAAGGGGAAACCCCAGGGCAAGGGCGGGGUGGAGGACCAGGAGCAGCAGGACCCCCGGGAGUUUCUCCAAUCAGAUGAGGAGGAAGAGGAGGAGCCAAUGGAGGAAGAGAAGUGCAACGGGGGUGGGGCUGCCAAACGGAGUCUCCAAGAGCAACGGGAGCGUCUCCAUGGUGCCCUGGCGCUCAUUGAGCUGGCUAACAACCUGUCUGCCUGAAACCCUACCCAUAUCCCAGUGUUGAAACCCUCCCCAGUCACUCCCCUUCUGCCCCCUGCACAAUGUGUUCUGGGUAGAAUUUGUCUGUAGGGAAACAUCUAGGAUAAGCUUACCCUCCCCAAAUACUUAACCAUUAAUGGGGGGAAAUUCUAAGCGGAACUUAGAUCAGUAUCUGGGGUUCUUCUCCGUGUGCAGUGUGGGGCAGGCACAAGCUAAAAGCACCUUAUCCAGCUUCCAAUUGUAUCCUUAUUAGGCUGCUAAGAUUGUAGAUCACAGGUGGCUGGUGGCACCUUAGUUGGGGAGGACGGGCUCAUAAUAAUGGCUGGAAUGCAAUAAAUGGAACAUUCCAUUCUCUACAUUCCAGCCAUUAUUAUGAGCCUCCCCUCACCAGCCUCCUGUGUUGUAGAUGUCAAUAUAUGAAGAAUGUUUCACUUUCCUCUGCCUUCUAAAGACUGGAGGAGAUGACCUUUUAAUGUUUAGUUUGUUUUGUUUGCACUUUGGUGGUAACGAGUUAUUUGUUGUGUCUUUUACUUUUGACGAUAAAGUAUAUUGUGUGAGUAUGUUUAUAUAAUGGAAGUCUAUGUAGAUUUAGCUCAGAUGGAUGGAGUGAUACAGGGUGUGGUCAGUCAUAGGACCGUUUAGGUGUAUCUAAAUACUGGAAAGUGGAUUCCUCUCCUGAUUCUCUGAUCUGGACUGUGACACGAUAGGUGAAAAAGCAAUGUGGUGGAAGCCUAUCAGGGGAUUUCGCUUCCACCUGUAGUUCUUUCAGAUCAGUGCAGGUGAAGGAGAGUAGAUGAGGGGAGGAAGUCACUGUAGAGACUAUUGAGAUGCAACCCAUUGCAAGCCUAAUCUACAGUAGUGGCUAGCCACAAGCUUUCACAAAAAUGCAAGCUCCAACCCCUUCACCUAUUAAAUGUAUCACACCUAGAACUGUAGCUAUAACCCUGGAGGGACAACUCUUGUCCUGGAGAGCCGCAGAGUGAGCAGCCGCAGCUCCAUAUCAGCCCUUAACAAACCUGAUCUAGAUGAUCAUCUUAUCACGGGGAUUUAGACCACAGUUAGUUGGGUCAGGUGUGUUAGAGCUGGGCUGGAACAAAAGCCUGCCCAUGCUAUGGCUGUGCAGGCCUGGCGUUGGCCUUCUCCAUUCUAACCAAAUUACAUGGCCAGACAUACGGAAGAGGAGUAUUUAAAGUCAUUAGUGUCGCCACCUUUUAUAUUAAAAGAUGCUGGCUGAUUGGAGAUACGGACUUGUAGCCCCAUUGGUGGUGUAUGUACAAGCCUUCUCUAUAAUAAACAUUUCAUAGGUAUUUAUUUCAUCAUGUUUUUUUGUCCUUUUUGUUAACGAUCUGCUAUCACAAGCUGUCUCCAAGUACUGACAUAUAGUUCCAUUGAAGAAUAUAUUGAUCAUCGCCUCCCUAAAAUUAUUUAGUAUCUAUCGACGUCAACUUCUAGCCGUUAGAAUUGUACUCCCCUUUGCAGCAGCACGUGUAUCUACAGUAUCUGCUACUAAGUUUUGCAUUUAUGGAUUAAGCUUGCAAUGUAACAUGUUUCCACCUAUUAGACCAGUCUAAAUAAAUGGGACAUGUUUCCACCUAUUAGACCAGUUUAGAGAAAUGGGACAUGUUAGACCAGUCUAAAGAAAUGUGACAUGUUUCCACCUAUUAGACCAGUCUAGAGAAAUGGGACAUGUUAGACCAGUCUAGAGAAAUGGGACAUGUUAGACCAGUCUAAAGAAAUGGGACAUGUUUCCACCUAUUAGACCAGUUUAGAGAAAUGGGACAUGUUAGACCAGUCUAUAGAAAUGGGACAUGUUGGACCAGUCUAAAGAAAUGGGACAUGUUUCCACCUAUUAGACCAGUUUAGAGAAAUGGGACAUGUUAGACCAGUCUAAAGAAAUGGGACAUGUUUCCACCUAUUAGACCAGUCUAGAGAAAUGGGACAUGUUAGACCAGUCUAGAGAAAUUGGUCAUGUUAGACCAGUCUAGAUAAAUGGGACAUGUUUCCACCUAUUAGACCAGUCUAGAGAAAUGGGACAUGUUAGACCAGUCUAGAGAAAUGGGACAUGUUUCCACCUAUCAGACCAGUUUAGAGAAAUGGGACAUGUUUCCACCUAUUAGACCAGUCUAGAGAAAUGGGACAUGUUUCUACCUAUUAGACCAGUCUAGAGAAAUGGGACAUGUUUCCACCUAUUAGACCAGUCUAGAGAAUUGGGACAUGUUUCCACCUAUUAGACCAGUCUAGAGAAAUGGGACAUGUUUCCACCUAUUAGAACAGUCUAGAGAAAUGAGACAUGUUUCUACCUAUUAGACCCGUCUAGAGAAUUGGGACAUGUUUCCACCUAUUAGACCAGUCUAGAGAAAUGGGACAUGUUUCCACCUAUUAGACCAGUCUAGAGAAAUGGGACAUGUUUCUACCUAUUAGACCAGUCUAGAGAAAUGGGACAUGUUAGACCAGUCUAGAGAAAUGGGACAUGUUUCUACCUACUAGACCAGUCUAGAGAAAUGGGACAUGUUAGACCAGUCUAGAGAAAUGGGACAUGUUAGACCAGUCUAGAGAAAUGGGACAUGUUAGACCAGUCUAGAGAAAUGGGACAUGUUUCUGCCUAUUAGACCAGUCUAGUGAAAUGGGACAUGUUAGACCAGUCUAGAGAAAUGGGACAUGUUAGACCAGUCUAGAGAAAUGGGACAUGUUUCUACCUAUUAGACCAGUCUAGAGAAAUGGGACAUGUUUCUACCUAUUAGACCAGUCUAGAGAAAUGGGACAUGUUAGACCAGUCUAGAGAAAUGGGACAUGUUUCUACCUAUUAGACCAGUCUAGAGAAAUGGGACAUGUUUCUACCUAUUAGACCAGUCUAGAGAAAUGGGACAUGUUAGACCAGUCUCGAGAAAUGGGACAUGUUUAUACCUAUUAGACCAGUCUAGAGAAAUGGGACAUGUUAGACCAGUCUAGAGAAAUGGGACAUGUUUCUACCUAUUAGUCCAGUCUAGAGAAAUGGGACAUGUUUGACCAGUCUAGAGAAAUGGGACAUGUUAGACCAGUCUAGAGAAUUGGGACAUGUUUCUACCUAUUAGACCAGUCUAGAGAAAUGGGACAUGUUAGACCAGUCUAGAGAAAUGGGACAAAUUAGACCAGUCUAGAGAAAUGGGACAUGUUUCUACCUAUUAGACCAGUCUAGAGAAAUGGGACAUGUUAGACCAGUCUAGAGAAAUUGGACAUGUUAGACCAGUCUAGAGAAAUGGGACAUGUUUCUACCUAUUAGACCAGUCUAGAGAAAUGGGACAUGUUAGACCAGUCUAGAGAAAUGGGACAUGUUAGACCAGUCUAGAGAAAUGGGACAUGUUUCCACCUAUUAGACCAGUCUAGAGAAAUGGGACAUGUUAGACCAGUCUAGAGAAAUGGGACAUGUUAGACCAGUCUAGAGAAAUUGGACAUGUUUCCACCUAUUAGACCAGUCUAGAGAAAUGGGACAUGUUAGACCAGUCUAGAGAAAUGGGACAUGUUAGACCAGUCUAGAGAAAUUGGACAUGUUUCCACCUAUUAGACCAGUCUAGAGAAAUGGGACAUGUUAGACCAGUCUAGAGAAAUGGGACAUGUUAGACCAGUAUAGAGAAAUGGGACAUGUUUCUACAUAAAGGAGGGUGUAAUGAAUGCUUGGCAUUUGCAAUGUUUUAUUAUUUGUUAGCAACACUACAUCUCUUAACAUUGUGUAAAUUGCCAAUUGUUUUUAUAUAUAUGUUUUUGUUGUUUUCAUUAGGUUUGUGCUUCCUGCAACACCCAGAUGCUUUGUUGGCCAUAUGUGAUUAAGUGUUGUAUCCCACUGGGCACAUACUGGUUGAAUCAACGUUGUUUCCAAGGCAUAAAAAAAACGAUGUUAUGA